GUUCGCCUGGUGCUGGAAAAACACUCGUUGUGGAUGUGCUGGGCUGCAGGGAUUGCAACAUUGACUGUCCUGUUGCUACCAUGUGAUCUCACCAAUGUCUCACUCCCUGGUUCAGAGGAGCGGUGCUGGCCUGAAGGAGUCUCUACAUGUCCAGAGGAGCAAAUAUACCUGUUGAUCUUCUAUAAGUAGGCAAAUAAACACUAGACUCAUGGCGGAUCUGAGGCAGAAGAUGGAGGUCAUGUCACAAAAGAUAUGCCCGAGCUCAAGGGCUUCAUCUGACGAGGACUUAAAGGCCCCAAAUAAUGGAAAAGAAGAGAAAAUGCAACUGAAGAGAGAAAUCUCCCUGAUGAAUGGAAUCUGCCUCAUUGUUGGCAACAUGAUCGGUUCUGGGAUCUUUGUCUCACCAAAGGGUGUACUCUUGUACAGUGGCUCUUACGGGCUGUCCUUGCUGAUUUGGGCUGUUGGAGGCAUCUUCUCAGUGUUUGGAGCUUUGUGCUAUGCAGAGCUCGGAACCACAAUCACCAAGUCUGGAGCCAGCUACGCCUACAUCUUGGAGUCAUUCGGGGGCUUCCUGGCUUUCAUCCGUUUAUGGACGUCCAUCCUGCUCAUCGAGCCGGCGAGCCAGGCUGUGAUUUCUCUGACCUUUGCCAACUACCUGGUGCAGGCUUUCUACCCCACCUGCCAGGCGCCAUACGAUUCGGUCCGGCUUAUUGCUGCAAGUUGCCUGUGCAUGCUCAUCUUCAUUAACUGUGCUUAUGUGAAGUGGGGGACGCUGGUCCAGGACAUUUUCACUUACACCAAACUGAUGGCGCUCUUCCUCAUCAUCAUUGUAGGAAUUCUGAAAAUGUCUUCUGGAGAAACGAAGAGCUUCGAGAGCCCAUUUGAGGGCUCCUCCACAGAUCCCGGAGCCAUUGCUUUGGCCCUCUACUCAGCAUUGUUCUCCUACUCCGGCUGGGAUACACUCAAUUUUGUCACUGAGGAGAUUCAGAAUCCAGAUAGGAAUCUACCCCUGGCAAUUGCUAUUUCCAUGCCAAUAGUGACCAUCAUCUACCUGCUGACCAAUGUGGCGUACUAUGUGGUUCUGGACAUGCCGUCUCUGCUGGCCAGUGAUGCCGUUGCUGUGACAUUUGGGAAUGCAGUUCUGGGCCCAUUCAAGUGGAUCAUCCCUAUUUCAGUGGCGAUGUCAUGCUACGGAGGACUCAAUGCCUCUAUCAUUGCUGCUUCACGGUUGUUUUUCGUCGGGGCCAGAGAGGGCCACCUUCCCAACAGCCUGAGUCUCAUUCACCUGAAGCGCUACACACCCAUACCUGCACUGCUCUUCAAUGGGUUAAUGGGUCUGAUCUUCCUGUGUGUGGAGGACGUGUUCCAGCUCAUCAACUAUUUCAGCUUCAGUUACUGGCUUUAUGUGGGUUUGUCAGUGGCCGGCCUCAUCUACCUGCGCAUCACUCAGCCAGACAGACACAGGCCUGUGAAGUUGACCUUGUUCUUCCCCUUCAUCUACUGUCUAUGCAGCCUGUUCUUAGUCCUCGUCCCUCUGUAUGGAGACACCGUCAAUUCUCUCAUAGGAAUUGGCAUUGCGCUCUCUGGAGUGCCGGUCUAUUAUGUGGCGGUUUACCUGCCAGAGGAGAGGAGGCCCAAAUUCAUAUGCAAGUUGAACGCCUUUGCCACCAGAUUCACCCAAAUGCUGCUCUACUGCUGUCUGACUGAAUAUGACACCGAGACAGAAGCGCAAGCAGGCGGUAAAUCGCAGUGAGAGCUGCAGACCGAUCCCGUCAUUCAGAAGCCAGCUCACCGCCGGAGGCCUCAGACUUGUCCAUGUGUUGACGUUCACACUCCCUGAACGCAGAAAAACAAGGCCUUUCAUGGACAGAGAGACGAGGCACAGGCUUGCAACAUUUAUGGGGAUUACUUCUGCCAGGUCAAGUUAAAAAAAGGCCUGACAUCUCAAAUGACUCACCACGAAAGAGCAGGCCAUUUGAGAAACUGCAAAUUGUUGCUUUCUUAUGAAAAUGUGAUAUACUUCUCUACAGAGGUCAGGAACUGUCUUCUAUGAGGAUUUAAUAGAACACGUAGCUCACAUUUUAUUUUUUAGACUUGUGUGAAGCUCAUUCAUUUUUAUCUUGCAUUUUUUAAAAAAGUACAUCAAAUAAUAAUUAUGUAGCUGAUACUCCGUCCACUGCCCACUGCCCGUUUUUGAAGAUCUGGGGAACAUUUGUUGAAGACGUUGGAGACAUUUCAAACUGCAAACAGAUUGUACUGGACUGUUUUGUGCUGUACUGUAUUGUAUUACAUUGUACUCUGAUCCACCAGGAUUUCAGUUUGGUUUCAUUUUUUUGUGCUUUUUUCAGAAACUUUACUUGGCCUCACUUGGUCUUAGUUCCAUGGACUUUGUUUCCAAGCCUCAAUCUAUUCAUUUAUUCAUCAUACAGACUGACACUCCUAUAUGCACUUUUCUGUGAGCUAGGAGUUUUAUUUUGUUCUACUUUAUUAUGUCUGUCUGUUUGUUUUUUGUGUUGUGAAAAAACUAAAGAUUUCACAGAUAAAAUACAUGUGGCUGAAAUCCAA